AAGUCACUUCUCUCAAAGCAUUAUGCUAAGCCUUGCCCUUCCCUUGGACCUCUGAGAUCCAGAUGUUUCCACGGCCAGGCAGACUUUGCUUGUCGUACAACUUCUGGGACAGGCUCCCCUCAAUUGUGAAAUAAAGGCAUGCUCAGAUUUUUUAGGAAGAUAUGUCACUUCGACAUCAAGCCAGCCAACGUAUUUAUAGGAGACCGAGAUCAGAGCGAACAUAGACGAUUAGAAGUAUUCAAGCUAGCAGAUUAUGGUCUCUCACUAUUUGCACCUGGACCCUUCAUCUCCGAAAUGGAAAGGGUUGAUUGGAUCGAAGAGACCGAGUGGCGUGCGAGCCCAAAAUAUAUGUCACCUGAACAAUUGUACCAAAAGCAUCAGAACCGUGACAUCGGACCAGCUGCUGGGAUCUGGUCCGUUGGCUCUAUAAUGUGGGCGAUAUGUGCGGGGAAAAACCCUGAGAUUCGCUAUGUCUUCAAUCACAAGCUGGCUAAGGGGUUCAGUCAGAUCUCAGGAGACCCUCAAGUUCUCUUCAAUACAAAUCUUUUCCCUUACAGCAACCACUUCAUCAACACUCUAUGCGGCUGUCUAACGUACGAUCCUGCAGACCGUCUCACGUCUGACCGUCUCCUCAAAGAAUGCCUGAGAAUGGUCAACAUAUAUGAUAAACAAUCAAUCGACGAGCCAAUCGUCCCCGACUCGCUCACCAGCUUCAACGAACCCGAGUACAACGAGCUCCCUAUGCCUUCAGGUCCCCCAAGAACUAGAUUCCAGUUGCAGAAUUUCAACACGCCGGUGAGAAUGAAGUUGAGCAAGGUACUUCCGCGGUCUGCGGGUGAUCAGGACAUGAUCGAUGUCGAGGAGACGAACUUUCCGGAGUUGUUGUUCAGUGCGCAUGUUCCGGCUGCUGAACCAACGCAGGCUAAUUAUCCUUUUGUUGAUCUGAGUCCGACUCCACCGGGACCGCCGGAAUCGUGAUGUAGCUACCAGCAAAACAUGUUCGGGCUCUGGGUUGAGAUAAACUGUCAGGAUUUGGUAUAUAGUAAUUGUAAACGAGUUUCACACAAUAUCGGGUUUGGAGAGAG